GGAUGGUUCUAGGAGCCUGGGAGUGGCACCAAACUUCAGACAUUGACAAUGGACGGAAAAGGCAAAUGUUCUGGAUCGACUGACGCACGUGGGCCUCUUCCUGCCGUUAGAUGGCGCAAAUCCAAACGCUCUUCCCGCAGUCCGCUUUCCUACAGCCUUAUCGAGUCUACCACACCCUCGAUGGGAAAUAUGGCUGAGACAGGCUGGGAGAUCCGCAUGUCUAACUCGCGCGGCGUUCCCUACUUCUACAACGCGAAGAACAACCAAUCGAGCUGGGAGCGACCCGCGGAGCUCACGGACGAUCAGGUCAAGUCGCUGCCCGGGGCGAAGUACCUCUCGGGCGCGGCUGCCGCUGGCGGGGGCGCCCCCGGGCAGGUGCGUGCGAGCCAUCUGCUCGUGAAGCACUCUGGGAGCAGGCGGCCGUCGAGCUGGCGCGAGCAAAACAUCACCCGCUCGAAGGAACAGGCGAUCGAGAUUCUGCGCGGGUACCAGAGGGAGAUCAACGGCUCCCCGGAGACGUUCGCGGAGCUCGCGGGCAAGUACUCGGACUGCAACUCUGCGCGCAACGGCGGGGACCUGGGCUGGUUCGGCCGCGGGCAGAUGCAGAAGCCGUUCGAGGACGCGACGUUUGCGCUGCCCGUUGGCGGAAUGAGCGACGUGGUCGAGACGGACAGCGGGGUGCAUUUGAUUCUGAGGACGGGGUGAGGGUGUGCUGGGAUGGAGAACAAGAGGGAGGAUAUUGUAUUAUUAUGUUUUGUAUCAAAGCCGUGUAAUGAUUCUGUGCCAUGUCAGUAUCUUGAUCAAACUUUCUUGAACUUCAUGCACAUGCAUCGAGUCUGCAGCUGCUGAAUUUUCUGCUCUUUCUCACUUGUCAUAACAACUUCAGCGUGCUUGUUCCGCGGGCGCUAGCAGUGCAGUUUCGUCCCGC